AGGAAUGCAUUUUCAAGAAAAAACAAAAAAGAACAGCUCUGCGUGUUUUCUAUGGAGGCAACCUUCGAAUCGCCAGCUGUACGAACUGCUGUAAAAGGUGGUACUUUACAUUUAAUGGAGCUGAAUGUCGAGGACCUCUGCCCAUUGAUGCCGUCUUCUAUACGAGUGUCAACCAAAAUCUCCAUCGACACCAUCACAUCGAAGGAUACUGUACGAACAUCUCUGCAGGCCAAGUGCGCGUUGGAUUUUGGGUAGGAAAUUGUCACGGUUACGGAAAUGCAGACGCAUCAAGCGGAUGGAAUUCAGUCUCAAGGAUUGUGAUCGAAGAGGUCCCUCCACAGCAAAUAUAAUCACAAAAUUACCAGAAGAAAUGAACCGACUGAACAAACAAGCAAGAAACCCUAGCCAACCAACCAAUAGCCAACAAAGACUAACCAGUUUUAAGUGGUUAAAAAACCACUAACAGAACAGAGAACCAGUUAAACCAGUAACCAACAGAGAACCAGUUAAACCACUAACCAACAGAGAACCAGUUAAACCACUAACCAACA